AUGGCGACCACGACCACUCUGAGCGGGUGCUACUCGCUAGCGCUACCUCCAACAGAGUCCGAUGACCGGCUAAACUUGCUGGUCCGCACCGGUUGUGCGCUGACCCUAUACCAUUCGCUGGUGAUCGUUCAUGGGGGGCUAACUCUCGGCCUCGAGCUUGUCGACUUUACCAUCGAUGAAGUGAUGCUGAUGUUUGCCGCCAAAGUCGAUCAAUCCCAUAUGCGGUGCAAGGAAUUGGAACUGUUCUUGCUGGGUGAGAUGUUCCACCUCAAUCUUUUGGAGCGCCAAUGGCAGCGGGUCGCCAUCGCAGAUGGCGAACCCAAGCCGCAGCCACGGCUCUUCCACGAAACCACUGCGAUAAACAACUGUGCCUACAUCUUUGGUGGUCUCAUCAUUGGGCCCAGCGGGUAUCUCGAACCCACAAACGACCUCUGGCAAUUCGACCUCGAAACGUUGACCUGGAAAUGUUUGCAUGACGGGGCAGGGUGGGAAACUAAUCCUCUCAUACCCAAGCCUCGCUACCACCAUAAACUGACAUCGAUUCUGCUGUUGCCGUUUGUCGGCGCCAGUGACCACUUCGGCAUCUUUGUUGCGGGCGGCAAAGACUGUAACCUGGCACCUCUCUUUGACAACCAUUGUUUUGACUUGGUGGACAUGUGCUAUCGCGGUCAUGAUCCGUUGUACUUGAAACUCACCACUGGUAAACCUGAACGUGACGCCCAGCUUGGUCUUGACCUUGCUACCGCCGUCGACGAACAGGCCGACGUCAACAUUGAUUAUACCACUCUGGUUAUCGUGGGUAUUGACGAGGAUGACCUAAUGCCCCAUCAUCACCAUCAUCAUCCCAAAACGAUCAUACCUCUGCUGGCAUCAGUGGCUCUGUCGCAACAUCAUCAUCAUCAACACCGGCAUCCGCUGCUCAUCGUUUAUACCCCACUGAAACAACCCGAGCCCGAUGCAUCAUUCAACCCAUUAGUGCUGUUCCACCUUGGCAAACACAUUCACCAUGGUAAACCCUUACCAUUACACACCGCCCGACGGCAAUUGAAGCCACAAGACGCCCAAGCACUGAUUGCGACUGGUGCUAGCGGUCGCAGCCACACUGCCAAUGUCCCAUAUAAUCUUAGGUAUCCUACCGGAGGGUUAUUUGGUCAAAACUUGGUGAUCGUAGGGUUCAUGCCGGGCGAUAUCGACAUUCUGGUGUUUAUUUAUAACCGUCCCACAGGCCGUAAUGCUUUUGAUCGGUACGGUGACAUGGUUCUGGACUUCGAAUUGGUGCUGUGCCAAGGUGAUCGUGUACCUGUAUCCUUAAAGGUGUUAACCGAACGAUGGGGUCGCUACUUCAUCCAAUUGUUAGCCCGCGGGUAUGUCACCGCCGUUGACAGAUUUGAGCUGGAACGUCAAUUGGAGUUGGCUCAAGGCCAGCUGCGUCUCCGGUCUCUCAAAGGAGGACUGCUUUCGCUGCUGCAGAAGACGAAGCUGAGUAUUGCUAGUGGUCUGACCGAUAACAUGAUCGAGAAGCCGUCGCUGGUGGGUAGUGCGGCUGGCAGUAGCUCUUCUGGCGUUUCGGGUGGAGGCUCCAGCCCCACGAUGAAACCUUUCCAUUUCUCGAUUCCUGUGCCUUCAAUGAAUAACGCCAAGCCAAAGGAGAUGCCCCAAUUCAGAUUGCCAUUUCAAGACUCACUGCUGGCACCAGUCCUGACUCUGGACCUCAACGCUCAUGACGAUGGGCCUGGCCCGGCACUGGUGCUGGCGCUGCGCCGAAACUCGCAAGCGUCUCAACAGUCUGGUGCCCUGUCUCUUUGGACUUCACAUCUUCAGGAUAUCCCGCCGCAAUUGGCUCAGCCUCAAGAGCCAUUACCCGCAGUACCAGCGACUCCAACUCUGUGGCGUCCACUGAGUCGCAAAAAUUCCGCUGCUGAUGGUUACAACUCUCCGCGGGGCUCAUUGUUGCACACUUUAACUGCACUUCGCAAUAUUCCCGCUCUGAGGCUGCCGCGGGACCUGCCUUUUGCCCUGCCUCGAGCACUGAUCUCAUUGCAUUCCCUGGCAACCCCUCCAACUGGCUCAGCCCCUGAGCAGUUGACACUGACAUCAGUGCCCAACUUAAAGCCGCCUCCGGUGACUCCAAGACGAACGUCACUGCUGGAUUCGAUGGCGGCUGCUGAUUCUCGCAAAUGGACGCUGUUACUGCUGCUGGUACUGCUGGCUGAUUACACCACGUUCGAGCGAAAUGAACUGGAAGCAACUACUGAAGAGCCGGCACUGUUACUUCUCUUUGACCUGGAAGAUGACUUCCGCAUGGAAGCUCUGCUUAUUCCGCGGAAAUUGUACAUGCCGUUUUCCCUGGCACUGGUGAAGCUGUUCUGCGAGUAUUUGUACACUGGGCAAGUGGGCAACAAGUGGGCUUUUUGGCCUGUUCUGAUGGAUAUUUUGUGCAUUGCGAGAUUCUAUAAAGUUCCCCUUCUAUACGAUUUGGUGCUGGAAGUAUUAUUCGGGAUCAUUGGUCACAAGGAAAGUUGGGUUCUCAAGCAAGCUCGAAAGUUAAAGAGGCGCUACUUGAAACUUGCCGAGGAAGUGGGGGUUGUUCCACUGAUUGACUUCGCUACUGAUGAGUACGAAGGGUUUUUUGACACCAUUGAUGAUGGUUAUACGGACAUUGCGUUAUUGAAGAAAAACCUGCGUGUCAACCGGCCACGAAGCAAACUGGAAGGUACAUAUACUGGCCUGGAGGAAAUCCAAAGUGCUGACUCUAACAAUUCUUCCCUGGAUGUGGAGGACGAGCACAACAUGUAUGGUUUGCUGUACCUUCAGACGAACGACUUUGCCCACCAAAUGCUGCUGAAUCCGCGGAGUCGGCUGGUGUUUGACCAUCUGCUGGUAGCCAUUGGUCUCAGUGGAGGUGAUGACGCUGAUGGCACAAUGCAAGGAAUAAUUACUCAACUGUUGGAGCUGUUAAUCCUGCCGGAUCUGGAUGUACCAGCUGACAUCAUUAUCGAAACCAUAUACGAGGUUCUGACAAUAGUUUUGGACAUAAAGCUUCUGUUACGACUGCGUAAUUGUUGUGAGAUGGCGAGAAAGCUCAAGGAAACGAAAGAGAUGGUGGAGCCAGAAAUCGAGCGACUUUUGCAGAAAAAACGGCAUCAGGAUCGUGCAAAAGUUCGUCAAACGAUGAAGCGGCAGGCCCUGAGUGCCACUGCUGCACUGAUUGACUCAAAUGGCGCCCUGGUAGGCGGCGAAUUGGUUGCGGGCGGAAAGUCACUGUCGGAUCUCAAACAUGAACCCAGUAGCACUAGUUUGUUCAAUCUUGCUAAAUUGAAGAAUCUGGGCGACAUUAGUGGGAGUGGUGGUGCAGCUACGAGCAAGCGGCUUGGUCCAUUCUCUUUCAUGUCGCGGCCCCAGCAGCAACCAGAACGUGCUCAGACGGAGUUGCUGGAUGCGAUUCUGGUUUCUACACUGACGCUGAAAAAGCACCACGGAAUAUUCCACAUUGGGGGUAGUCGGUUGAAACGAGGAAACACAAUGGAUAAUGCACAAGGAUUACCGGCACCGAUGACUCGCACAGAAUCACAAUCAACGACAAGCUCAGCCAAGGAUGACAAAAAGAGGAAGGGUAUAUUCGGCUUCAAAAUGUGA